GGACUUCAUCGUCCUCCACACCACCGAGGGGGAGAGAAUAGGCUCGUUCGGAAGCAAAGGGCCCCACUGGCUGCUGUCGGACAGGCCCCGGUGGUGCGCCGAACCGUUCGGGGACGACGGCCGCGGCGCGGAGGAGGACGAUGGUUGGGCACUCGGGCCUCGGCGCGCUGGAGUCGGCAAGGGCGCGGGCCACGCCGGGCGCCCGACCGGGCGCGGCGGCGGCGGUGCCGCCGCUGGCGCGCCAGAGCGCACCAGGAUGGUGGCGGCGUCGCAGGCGCACAGCGGCCGCGGCGUCUUCAAGGCGCUCAACUCCGUGGAGCGCUUCAAGCCCGACCUGACCAUCUUGGAGCAAGAGCGGGCCAAGCAGAAGAGCUGGGAGGAGCAGGUGAAAGCACGCAUGAGUCAUGCCCCUGGUGAAGCCGCCGGUGUGGACUCGGAUGGCGGCGCGUCCGCUUGAAUUGUUCCGCUUAGUUCUAGCCGUUUGAAUUCACGAGUAGACCCCCCCACACACACACACCAAGGCUUCACUUUUCCCCUUCCCAUUGCCCCACCCUAGCCACUACUCCUCUUUAUCUGGCGUGCUCCUAUUUGGAACUUGUGCGCGACAUGUUUUAUUACAUGACACCAGCCUUCUAACACAGGUGAUGGGCCAGAAUUGCAGCCCGUGGCCAUCUGCACAGGUUAUGAUGCAUUGUUGUCUGGGUGCUCGCGAAGGCCCAGCUUGCGUGACGCGUAGCGACGUGAUUCCCAGCAUGCAAACGGGCAUUGGCCGAAACAUCUGUCGAUUUCCACCAUGUGUAGCAUGCUGUCUGUGUGCGUUUCGGGGGAACGUGCCAGUUUAAGCCAGACUUGGAGCCAGUUUUGCUGCUCCCGCACGCAAAUCCUGCCUCCGCGACAGCUGCAUCACCUACAAGUAGAGAUGCCUUGGCAUUCCGGCCUGCGGGGCGACCAGGUUCACGGUGAACUUGGUUCACCUACGCACUUGAGCCAAGCAUGGGGGCCCGAGGAUGACCGAGCCGCGCUUCCUUCUCGGCCCUGGGGCCCGAGGGUUCUCCUUCUCCGGGAGAUGACGCGAGAGCGCGAGGAUAAUCACGC